AUGGCUGCUUUGAAGGACCUCGAUGUGUGGGGUUUGUCACCUGAAAUCUGUUAUAGAGCCGAAAAGGGAAGAGAGGACGCCCCCAAAAUCCAACACAUACCUUCAAUCACCAUUAUAUGA